AAAACACACACACACACACACACACGGAGCUGUAAAGGAGUGGUGAGCCCCUGUGACCACAAUACAUGCUGUGGAUUAUAAGGCGCUAUCUCACUUGAACUCAGAAGCACUUUGGCCCGACCACUGAGAGCGUGGAGAUGGGGAAAAGGCGCUUCACAGGUUUGGAGGUGAGCCUAAUGGUCAUGUUCUCACUGAUGACUGUGGCAGCCAUCGUUCUCAUUGUCCUGUUUGCCACUGGAGAACCCGGGGUCCUCAAAAAUGAACCAACAGAAGAAGAAAAGUUUGUUGCGCAGUGUCCCAACAUUCCCCACGCUGAACGGGUCGACUGUUACCCUGAUGGUGGCGCCUCACAGCAAAAAUGUGAACAGCGAGGAUGCUGCUGGGCGCCUCUGACUGAGAGCAACGUCCCCUGGUGUUUCUUCCCAGCCAACCAGGGAUACGUGGUGGAAUCGACGGAGGAACCGAACCGUUUUGAACUGAGAGCCCAGCUGAAAAGAUUGGCCUCUCCCUCUUUAUUUGGCGGCGACGUACAAGAGCUGGCGUUACAUGCAGAAAUGCAGACGAGCAAUCGACUCCGAUUCAAGAUCUAUGACCCCCACAACCAAAGGUUUGAAGUCCGCCAUGAGCACGUCAAGAGCCUCACGAACAACCCAACCGUCCCCAUCAGCGAAACACUGGAGGUCACACAUAAACCCUUUGGCCUCGUGGUUCACAGGAAGGGGAACAAGAAAGUGCUGUUCGACACUAGAAUGGCUCCACUGGUGUUCUCAGACCAGUACCUACAGCUCUCUGCAAGACUACCAUCCAACAAAGUUUAUGGUCUGGGUGAGCAUGUGCACAGGCAGUUUCUCCAUGACAUGAACUGGAAGACAUGGCCAAUCUUCACCAGGGAUUCAUUUCCUAAUGGGGGAACACAUAACAUCUACGGACACUAUCCCUUCUUCCUCUGUCUGGAAAACGAGACAGGAAACUCAUUCGGAGUCUUCCUCAUGAACAGCAACGCCAUGGAGGUGACUCUCCAGCCUGCUCCAGCUGUGACCUACAGGACUAUCGGAGGAGUCCUUGACUUCUACAUUUUAUUUGGUGACACACCAGAGCAGGUGGUGCAGGAGUUCCUAGAGCUCAUAGGGAAACCCGUCAUGCCUCCCUACUGGUCCCUGGGCUUCCAGCUCUCUCGCUGGAACUACGGCAGCUUGAAUGAGGUCAAGAACACAGUGGAGAGGAACCGAGCUGUGGGGCUCCCAUACGACAUUCAGUACACCGACAUAGACUACAUGGAGGAGAAGAAGGAUUUCACCUAUGAUAAAACCGGUUUUAGUGAGCUGCCUCAGUUUGCUGACUACCUCCAUGAGAAAGGACAGAAAUACAUCCUCAUCCUGGAUCCUGCAAUAGCUACCUCUAAACUGAUCGGGGAUGUUCCAUACGGAUCCUAUGACCGCGGGAAUGAGAAGAAGGUCUGGGUGACUGAAUCGGAUGGGACCACCCCUCUGAUAGGAGAGGUGUGGCCAGGAGAGACCGUGUUUCCAGACUACACCAAAGACGCCUGCAUCGACUGGUGGACCGACGAGUACGAGCGAUUCUCCAAGAAGGUCAAACAUGACGCCCUAUGGAUUGACAUGAAUGAGGUGUCCAGCUUCAAGCAAGGCUCAAGCAAGGGUUGUGAAAUUAACAAUCUCAACUACCCUCCAUACACUCCAAGUAUUCUGGAUAACCUGAUGUACAGCAAGACUCUGUGUAUGGAUGCCAAACAAGACUGGGGAAAUCAUUACGAUGUCCACAGUCUCUAUGGCUACUCUAUGGUCCUGGCUACUGAAAAAGCUUUGCAGCGUGUGUUUGGGGGGAACCGUACCCUGAUGUUGACCCGCUCCUCCUUUCCAGGUGUGGGCAAAUAUUCAGGUCACUGGCUGGGGGACAAUGCUGCAAACUGGAAUGACAUCAAAUGGGCCAUUCCUGGCAUGCUGGAGUUUGGGCUCUUUGGGAUUCCCUAUAUCGGAGCUGACAUCUGUGGAUUCUUUGACGACUCCACUGAAGAGCUGUGCCGUCGCUGGAUGCAGGUGGGAGCCUUCUACCCCUUCAGUCGGAACCACAACGCUGAGGGCUACAAGCCCCAGGAUCCGGCUGCGUACGGCGCCGAGUCGCUGCUGGUGCGGACCUCCAAACAUUACCUGACCAUACGCUACACGCUGCUGCCGUACCUCUACACGCUCUUCUACAAAGCCCACACCACAGGAGAGACCGUCGUACGCCCUGUCAUGCACGAGUUCUUUGCAGACCGCGCCACCUGGGGUGUGGACCGUCAGUUCCUCUGGGGAAAAUACCUGCUCAUCACACCUGUACUCGACCCGGGCAAGGACACGGCCGAUGCAUAUUUACCAGAUGCUGUGUGGUACGACUAUGAGACGAUGGAACAACUGUCAGAUCGUAAAAUGGCCGUCACCAUGUACCUGCCAGCUGAUAAGCUUGGGUUACACAUCAGAGGAGGCGCAAUCCUCCCCACUCAGAGACCUGACGUCACCACCACUUACAGCCGCCGUCACCCCAUGGGUCUGAUCAUCGCUCUCGAUGACAACAGCCAGGCAGCUGGGGAGCUUUUCUGGGAUGAUGGAGAUUCCCGAGGAACAGUGGAAACAGGGAACCACAUCCACUACACAUUCUCCGUAGUCCUUGGACGACUGACAAUGCAAGUGACCAAAGCUGGCUACAGGGACCCAAACAACAUUGUGUUUGAGAACAUCACUGUCCUGGGGUUGCCUCAUCCUCCCCGCUCUGUGUCUGUGACGCAUGUUGGCGCUGGAGCUUCUGGAGACAACACAACCUCUCUGCCAAACACCAACAUACAGUAUGACGCAGACAAAAAGGUUCUGUUCCUGUACGGCCUUUCUCUGACCCUGGGAGAGACCUACGUGGUGCAGUGGGACGUUGCACGAGAAGAGUAUCAACGCAUCAACUGCCACCCAGAGGAUGUUCCAGAUGAGGCUACGUGCAAGAACAGAGGCUGCCUGUGGAUGCCGAGCAGCGUUGACGGCGUUCCAUGGUGCUACUACCCCCCAGACUACGGCUACUCCGUCACAGACACCCAGGAAACCAACGCAGGCAUGACGGUCGACAUCACUCGGAACAUGAAGUACAGGAGCAGCGGUCGCCCCGCGUCGCCGGACAUCGACAAGCUCCGCGUUGAGAUCCGGUACCACAGCGGCGACAUGCUGCAGUUCAAGAUCUGGGACCCGGCCACGGAGCGCUAUGAAGUUCCAGUACCGCUGUCGGUUCCUGAGGCUCCUGAGACUGAUGAGAACAAGAGACUCUACAAGGUCGUCAUCACCCGGAAACCUUUUGGCAUCCAGGUCAUACGGAAAAGCACAGGAACCAAGAUCUGGGACUCCUCGCUGCCAGGUUUUACCUUCUCAGACAUGUUCAUCCAAGUGUCUACUCGACUGCCAUCCGAGUACGUCUACGGCUUUGGGGAGACGGAGCAUCCCACGUACAAACACAACAUGAACUAUCACACCUGGGGAAUGUUCUCCAAGGACCAGCCUCCUGGUUACAAGAUGAACUGCUAUGGAGUGCAUCCCUUCUACAUGGGCCUUGAGAACACUACGGAUGCUCAUGGUGUGCUGCUGCUGAACAGCAAUGCUAUGGAUGUGACUUUCCAGCCAACUCCAGCCUUAACCUACCGAACUCUGGGGGGAAUCCUCGAUUUCUACAUGGUCCUGGGACCCACGCCUGAGAUGGUGGUGCAGGAGUACACGGCACUGAUUGGACGCCCUGUUCUACCUGCCUAUUGGUCCCUUGGGUUCCAACUCUGUCGCUACGGUUACGCAAAUGAUGAGGAGAUUAAAACCCUAUAUGAAGAUAUGAGGAAAGCGGGUAUUCCCUAUGAUGUGCAGUAUGCAGACAUCGACUACUUGGAGCGUCAGAUGGACUUUGUCCUGGACUCAGAGUUUAAAAACCUUCCUCUCUUGGUUGAUAGGAUGAGAGAAGAGGGCAUGAGAUUCAUCUUCAUCCUGGAUCCGGCCAUCGCAGGCAACGAGACAGAACCCUAUCCGGCCUUCGACAGUGGUUUGGAAGCAGACGUCUUCAUCAAGUACCCCAAAACCAUCAGUAAUGAAAUAGUGUGGGGCAAGGUGUGGCCAGACUUACCAGGCGUCAUCGUGAACGACUCUCUGGACUGGGACGAGCAAGUGAAGCUUUACAGGGCCCACGCUGCUUUCCCUGACUUUUUCCGUACCUCAACGGCAACAUGGUGGCACAACCAAAUCAGGGAUUUCUAUAACAACACCAUGAAGUUUGACGGCCUCUGGAUUGACAUGAACGAACCAGCGAGUUUUGUCCACGGCACAGCUGCAGGGAAGUGUCUGGGUGACCCACGCCUGGAGAACCCCCCGUACAUGCCACCCCUGGAGUCCAAACACAUGGGUCUGAACCAUAAGACGCUGUGCAUGAACAGUGAGCAGAUCCUCAGUAAUGGAAAAGCUGUGAGACACUACGAUGUGCACAACCUCUACGGCUGGUCCCACACCAAGCCGACCUAUGACGCCCUGCUGAGUGUCACCGGGAAGCGAGGCAUCGUGGUGACCAGGUCCACGUACCCCUCCAGUGGGAAGUGGGCUGGACAUUGGCUGGGAGACAACAACUCCAGCUGGGACCAGCUCUUUAAGUCCAUCAUAGGCAUGUUGGAGUUCAGUCUGUUUGGCAUCUCUUAUACGGGAGCAGACAUAUGUGGCUUCUUUAAUCCGUCCGAGUAUGAAAUGUGUCUUCGCUGGAUGCAGCUGGGCGCCUUCUAUCCAUACUCACGCAACCACAACGGCAAAGGGAACCCGAGACAAGACCCCGUCGCUUGGAACGCCACCUUCGCCGAGGCGUCGCGGAAGGUGCUGAACGUCCGCUACACGCUGCUGCCCUACCUGUACACGCUGAUGUUCGAGGCCCACGCCAAGGGAAGCACCGUGGUCAGACCCCUGCUGCACGAGUUUGUGAAUGAUCCAAACACAUGGCAGAUCUACAGACAGUUCCUCUGGGGCCCGGCCCUGCUCAUCACCCCUGCCCUCGACAAGGGCGCCACCGAAGUGUUCUGUUAUAUCCCUGAUGCACGGUGGUACGACUACUACACGGCCAAAGACAUCGGCGUGCGUGGUCAAACACACCUCAUGCCAGCGCCCUUGGACCACAUCAACCUACACGUCAGAGGAGGACACAUCCUUCCCUGGCAGAAGCCGGAAAACACGACGGCCUACAGCCGGAAGAAUCCUCUGGGGCUGAUUGUUGCCCUGAGUGACAAUGGAACCGCUCAAGGAUCGUUCUUCUGGGACGACGGAGAAGGAAUAGACACGGUGGGUAGAACAGAAUACCUGCUGACCUCCUUCGCGGUGGAAUCGAACACAUUGACCAGUACCAUCCUCCAGACCUCUCUGGCCCCUGAGCACGGCUUGUUUCUGGGCGUGGUGAAGAUCUGGGGCGCAGGCACAUCCAAGAUCUCCCAUGCAACACUGACAGAUGAGCAUGGAACGCAUCAUCCCCUGCAUGUGGAGCACAACGUCGACACUGAGGAGCUGCUGGUUGAUGUUACGUCAAGGAACAUUACCAUGAAUGCGCCUUUCGCCCUGCAGUGGCAGCCUGACAGCCUGUAGACCUGUACAUAAUGCUGUGUUCAAUGUUAAAUAAUCCUGAUAUUCUACAUCAUAUUAGAAUGUUUUUCAUUACCUUUACUUCUAAAUAAAUAAUUAAUUUAUACAA